CAUUGGAUAGACGAAACACAUCUUACACCAGAAUAGUUACUCCAUCAUUAAAGGUUGAGAUAGUUCAACACUUCUCAACAUUAACUUUUAUUUUUUCAUUUUUUCCUUCUUAGUUUAAAACCAUUUUAGUUUCAAUGUUAACACAUUUUAUAAUUAACUUUAAAAUCGGAUCAAUGUUUAAUUGUAACAAAAUCAACAAUUUCAAUGUUUCAAAGUUUUCCAUUUUGUCUCUGUUAAGUGUAAUUGUUAAGUUUAACUGUUAAGUGUUGGUUCAAAUGUAUUUUGGUUUAAACCCAUAACUCAAUUGAAACCCAAUUGUUCAAGCGUUGUGAACGUUCAACAAAGUGAUCUAACAAAGUGAAAUUAAUUGUAACAAUUAACAAAUAAUGGCUUCUUCUUCUGGAAAUUGUGUCAACUUCUCAACUAUACCUUUACAAAAUUCAAUUGAGCAUAAGGAUCAGAUUGAAGCCUUAGAAUGUUUGGAAAAAUUGUUGGAUAAACUGGACGAAACUCAAAUAGUUAAUGAAGUGUUACCUGUUCUUGGUGAAAUUAGACCAACUGAUCCUGCCGUGGUUAUGCCUAUUGCUAGAAUGUAUAUGCGCCUGUUAACUGAUAAAAAGUUUGGGAUCGAGGAAAACAUUUUGGCCACCAAAAUAAUGCCUGCAAUGCUUCCUGUCGUUGUCAAUCCUAACCUUGCUAUUGACGAGUUCAAUUUUCUAUCUGAUCUUCUUCAAAAAAUGUUGAAUCAAAUAACAAAAAGUCAGAGAGACAAAAUAUUGCCUGAAAAUUUAGCCUCACAAUUAAGCCCAUCAACUGAAAAGGUUCCAAUUGAGAUUAAUUUUAAUCAACCAACUAAUCCACUUUAUCCUCAACGUCCACCAACAUUAAAAAUAGAAUCUCGGCGUCAAUCGGGCGAUGAAGUAUCUGUAUCUGAUCCUUCUUCUCCUGAGAACAGCAAUCUUUUGGGUUUACCUGGAAGUAAUUUAAAAACCCGUCGUCAUUCAGAUAAUGCUAUAAACAUUCCUCGAAUUGAAAUCGCUCUUUCCUCACCGACUGUUGAUAAUCGAAGUAUGUCGCGAGUCAAUUCAACCUCCAACUUAACCAACCGCCGUCACUCAAGCAUCAAUCCAACUGAGAUAUCCAAUCUUAACCAACGUCGCCAUUCAUCAAUUAAUUUACAAGAUUUACAGCAAUUCCAUAGGAGACGACAUUCAGCAAUUAAUCCUCAUGAUAUCAAAAGGGUUGCCAAUAAAAUUUCAAGAGCAGCUGAUGACAUGCUUUGUUCAGCAGUUGAUUCACUUGAAUCUAAAACGUCACAAUUAAAGAUAGACUUUAAUCCGGUUCCAAUGAUAUCACCAACCAAAGGUCGUCGUUCUUCUGUGGCAGCUUUAUUUGGUUCAACUCCUUCCCCCAGUUUGUUUGGCCAUUCGCCUAAUAAAACGUCAAAUAAACUACUUACCAAAGUGGGUCUUAAAAAAGCUAAAACACCCACAAAAUCGGAGAAACUGUUAAACUCAUUAGGAACUGGAAUGCAACAUUUUCUUGGCAAAUAGGAAAUUUGUUUUUUUGAGUCCAACAAAUAUUGGACAAAUCAUCUGGAAUCAUCCAUAUCAAAAAGACGGAAGAAGCUCAACCUGAGGGAAAACUUGAAACAUAUCAAUUGAUUGGACCUGCAAAAAUUGGGAUAAAACAAAAGGCUUGACAUGGUCUAUUUUGUUGUUUAUUAAAGAGAAUCACCUUAAAAUGGCCAUGACUGCUUUUACUGGAUCACCAAAGGUGGAUAAAUGAAAGCAAAAGUUAUUAUAAUUAUGCACAUUUGAUAAAAAACGGAACAAACCUGAAUUGAGAUAUUAAUAUGAUAUAUUAUAAUAUUAUAAAUUUAUAAAUAGGUGUACAAAAUAUAUAAAUAUGUAAGAAUACAUGUAAAAGUGAAAAGGCAAAAACAAGUUACAAGAAACAAGCAUAAUUCAAGUUUUACCAAUAAUAACAAUUUACCUAAUUAUUUCAUUGUUAUUAUUGCUAUUAUCAUUACAAAAUUAAAUAGUAAACUCAAUUCUCUUUUAUCUGAAAACAAUUCAAUUGAGAAGGAGAAACAAAAUAUCAAUUUUAUUAAAAAAAAAAUGCUAUUGUUUAUUCAA